UGAAAAAGACGAAACAAGAAAGGAUUGCCAGCAAACAGAGGCCUACCUAGCUUAGCUACACUAAUAAUGGCAGUAGCCAAGAAAAGCUCCACUGUUAAGCUCAAAGUCCAGUCCAGUAUUCCCCACCAACACCACUGUUGAGUACUCUUGUUAGGGAGUAGUACUACUUGUAGGGACGGCUGGAGAAACCGAUGAUGCGAGUGACGCCCACAAACCCGACACCUGGGCCCCACCCCCUUCAACCAUAAUCACUCUUCCCCCCACCACCACCACACCUACCUUUCCCCUUUCCUUUCCUCUUUUCUCUUUUCUCAUCUCCUAUUUACCAACCAGACCCAACAAAAACUAAUAAACCCACAAAAAACAACAAACCCUCUUCAUCCCUUCUCCUUCUGAUUCUUGAAAAAUUUCCUAGUUUUCCUGGCGAUUCGUGAUGGAAGGUGAUCUGGGUAUACUGGGUAUUUCCUCCUCCGGCGGCGGCGGCGGAGGUGGGUCGGCGUCGACAGUGUCGAAGGAGGACAACCUGGGUUUGAGCUCCGAGGAAUCUUCCUCGGACCCGAAUGAUUCUGAGCUUGAGUUGGGUCUUGGGCUGAGCCUCGGCGGCGGCGGUGGGUUGAAAGCUAAGCAGGCUGUGAACUCGGACGGAGGAACAUGGGGCCAAUAUGGGAGGAUUUUGACGGCUAAAGAUUUCCCUUGUAGUAAGUCUCCGUCCUCCUUGUCGUCUUCAUCAUCGUCUUCUUCCAUGACCAAAGUUAGUUUCCCCACCGGAACCAAGAGAACUGCUGAUUCUAGCAGUCAAGUUGUGGGAUGGCCUCCUAUAAGAGCUUAUAGAAUGAACAGCUUGGUCAACCAAGCAAAAUUACCUACCACUGAAGCAUUUCACGCCAAGGUUGAGAAAAAUUCAAGCAAGAAUGGUGGGGUGGACAUGACUAAGAGCGGAAACCAAAAGAACAACAGCACUGUUAAGGAGAAAGGACAGCCGAGGAAUUCACCAUUUGUGAAGGUGAACAUGGAUGGAUUUCCAAUUGGAAGAAAGGUGGAUCUGAAUGCUCAUAGCUGUUAUGAAACAUUAGCACAAGCAUUGGAGCACAUGUUUUGUGGACCUACCACAACUGGUGGUUUGAGACGACCAAGCAAGGGGGAGUAUGAAGCAAUGACAGAAGCAACGAGACCAGCCUCAAAGUUAUUGGACGGAUCAUCUGACUUUGUGCUCACUUAUGAAGACAAAGAGGGAGAUUGGAUGCUUGUGGGCGAUGUUCCAUGGAGGAUGUUUAUUAGUUCUGUGAAGAGGCUUAGAAUCAUGAGGACAUCUGAGGCUAAUGGACUUGGGUCGAGCUUCCAAGAACGGAAUGGGAGGGAAAGUAAGCCCAUCUAGACUGGUUUCCCUACUCAUUUAGUAAGACGAACAUAACCCCACACUUGAAGAAUGGAAUACACACAGGAGAAAACGAGAGAUACUGCAUGGUCCAUAAGCAUUUUGUUGAAGUAAUGACUGAUCCUCUAUGGUUGAUAUGUUUCUUGGGAAUCUUCUUUUUUUUGGUUGCUUUUCUCCGCAGUAUUUUUCACCCAUCCUCUGGGAGAGCCUUUUGUCUGUGGACGUGACCAGCAUCUUAGUAAUCUAUGUUACAUAUGCAUAUACUUAACAAAAGCUGCGUUCUGUUGUAUGUACGGGAUGCUUUUGUUGAUGAGGUUUGCUGCACCCGAAAUGGAUUCUUUUGUCCUUGUUAAUGGAAAGAAAGUUCACAUGGUUUGUCUAUGAAA